UCCACUGAUUUGAACAAAAUGAAUAGGAGGAACGCACGUCAUUAAACAUGGGUUGUGGAAAUAGUAAGGAAGAAAGCAGUGAGGAAGGGGGACUUACAAAUAGGAGGCCCCUAGUUGAAAUUGAGAUUGGCAGCAAUGUCAAGAAAACUGAAAUUGUGUUCGUUUUCGGUGGACCUGGAUCAAAAAAGGGACGAAUUGUGGAUGAUCUGGUGCAUAUGUAUGGGUUCAAAUCACUGAUUGUUGAAGACUUAAUUGCUAGAGAGUUGCCCAAGAAAAUACAGAGUCCUGUAGCUAUAGGCAAUACAAGAGAAAUGGCUAAACUGCUCAUGGAGAACUCAUCAUAUUUGACCUUAGAAUGGGUUCUUGAGCUACUUGAAAAGGAGUUUGAAAAAGAGCCAGACAGUAUGUUUAUCAUUGAUUUUGUGCCAAACCUUCGCUACAUGCUCCGAUGCGACCAGUUUAUUCUUGAAGACCCAUCCUACGAAAUGAACCAGUUCCAGAAGAAGUAUUCCAAUAUCUUUGCUUUGAACCUGGCAAUUCCUGAGAAAGCUGUAAUGAAACAGGCAACUGCUCAUUGUGCCAAACAUCCAAAUCAGAUGCAAGAAGGGGGUAAAAGUGAUGAAGUUGAUACUGGACGAUUGGCUAAACGGCACGGUGUGUACAUGAAAAGUGUGCAAGGGUUUUUAAACUAUUUCCGUAACGAUGGUCGCUUAGCAUCGGUGGACGUAUCCAGUGGGGUCUCUGAUCUUAUCUGGCAUCAGGUGACAGACUUCUUUGGACAUAAGUUAGAGUUUGUGCCAAGAAGAACAAUUAACACUGUGGUUUUAUUUGGCUUUUCUCCAAAUGCCCACAGUGAGCUAGAUUUGAACCGGUACAACAUGGAGAAGGUCAUCCUCAAAGAUCUAACGGAUAAUCCAAUGGGACCAGUGGUAGAAGUUCUGAAAGCACUUUGCACCCACAUUGAUAAUUCAUCAGCUACAGCUGAGUCCUUCCUUGUUGAUGUCUCAGAAACAUCGCUCACUAAAGACGAGCUAAAGUAUGAUCAUAAAGUAAUAAACUUUAUACAGGAUGAAAACGCAAUGCUAGAUCGGUUCAUCUUCGUCACUUCAAAUUCUCAGAACAACAAGAAGUCGCGGAAGUGUAGUGCCUACAUGGAGAAUUUCAAGGCUGCAUGUUCUACUGAGAAUGAGGUGUGUCUGUUCCCUAUGGAUAUGGACACAAAUAUCUGCAAAGGAAUUGCUUUCUGCAUGGCGGAGCUGAGAGAUUUAAAGGAGUAGAUCGUGAACCAGAAAUGUCCUGGUUCACCACUUUUAACUUAUGCAUUUUAUGAAGGUUUGAUGAGAAUGUUACAGAAAUUUAUAGACCAAUGGCUUCUAUGUAAUCAAAGCCUUGAUAAAUUGGUUCUUUAUCGUACUUAUCAAUACACCUUUUUUUUCAUCUAUUUUUUCUUAAAUUCUUCCAGAGUUAUAAUUAAUUAAAAAGUUUAGUGUUCUUGUGUAUAUCAGCCUUAUAAUAAACCACUGGGUUUGAUGUUUAUCAGAAUAGAAUGUUGGUAGGUGUAAAUUGUUGUGAUAAGUUUAAUGGUUUCUAGUCGAAAAGGCAAUAAACAAAAUCAGCAGUAACCAAAAUAGUAAUAGUAAACGACCAACGCUAUGUUUGAAAACAGCAAUGCUUGGGGGAGUCAUUGCAAGCAUGGUUACCACAAACUAAAAAUUACUGUAAUUGUUAGAAACCUUGAAUGUAAUGUUACAUACAGUAUUAUUUUUAAUCUUAAACAUUUAAUAAGUGUCUUUUUUUUAAAUCAACAUUGUAUGUCAUAAGAUAUGUAAUAAAUAUUUAAGAACUGUCCUUUUCAUCAAUUUAGGACAAUCAAUUUUAAAUAAUCUUGACGAGAAAAAAUUGAUUUAAUGCUAAGUUGAGUAAAAUAACACCUAUGCAACAAACAUAUAAAUAAUUCAUACAACAAUUGUAAAGUUGUUUUUUAGCAUUGUUGUUUACUUAGAAAAGUGUUUCUAUUUUCUGUGUGAACCACAUCUAGGGUAAUUCACUAAACGUCUUGCUAUGGUGUCCUGGUAAUGAUUUUUACAAAAUUUCCAGCUCUUUUCAGAAGAGUGUAGUGUGUUCCUCAAUGUGCAGACACAACCAAUGGCUUAAAUAUUUCAUCCAGAAGAUGGUGGGGUAUGGAGAUUAAAAAUAAAAUUAAACCAUGCACCAGAGAUCUGAAAGGAUCUUGAUGGUUUAGUGCACACACAUUGACUUCCACCACUUUAACUGGAAUGGAUUCUGAUAAGCUAAAGCUGCUGUUUUAGUUGAUUGUGUUUUGGUUAUUGCUGCUUUGAUUUACUGCCCUUUCGACCAGCUUCCUCUUUUAAUAAGUCAAUUCUAUAUACUUGUAUCGGUUAAUUAUCACCGAUGGUAGUAUGCAGAGUAGGUAAUGGCCUUUGCCUCAAAUAUAACAACUUUCUAUACAGUUAGAAAACUCAGUAUACUGGUUAACCAUGGAUUCCAUAGUGUGUACAUAGAUAGUAAGGGUCUUCAUCUCCAAUAUGACAACUCUAGGUGUAUUAACGCAAAAAUGUGCUAUGUACAGUAUAUAGCACAUUAUUAUAUAUAUUUGUGGAGUAAUUGAAAUUGACAUUAUUCGGCUAGAUUUUCUGGUUUAUGAAUGAAUACAACUUAAACUUAAUCAUUCAAUUGUAGUAAUAGUUUAUCAUACAUAUAGUGCCUCUAAAUGUUAAGAUAAAUAGACAUGAUCGCUGCCAGGACCAGACAGGGUUUGCUCAGAUGCCAAGACGCAAGUCCACAUCCAUCCAUUACAGUUGUAUGUAAUUUACUGAAGUAAUUUAUGGUUGUGCCCUUUAUGCAUUGGCAUAAUGGGUAACAACUUGGAAAGAAAAGGCUUGGCAGUCAGUGUGUUAAAGUUUGAAUAGUACUCUCCUACAUUACAUUCAGUGAUUUUUUACUACACAUUUAAAUGUGUUCAUCAUCUUGUUAGAUUUCAACUCCAGUCCAUCUUUAAUGUUUUUUUAAUUGGAAAAAGAAGACUGAAUUUAGAUAAGUUUUUGUCAUUACUCAGGUUCCUUCUUGUAGGUGCAAUAUAUUGUUUAUAUUUUUUUAUGAAACCAUUACAAUCCAACUCAUAUAGUAAUCUAAACCCACCAAAUACAUGUAGCCUAUGAACAAAACAAUAUAUCCCACCUGAAUUUGUUUACCGUAAAUGAUCAUCUAAGAGCCACAGCAUUUAUAACAUUCUGCUAAGCUUCAGUACAGCGCUGAUUAGAGAGGUGCUUAUUUGAGAGCAGGGCGUAUUACAAAUUAUUGGAGUACUAUAGUCUUAUCUUGUUAAAAUAUUUGUGAUAAAUAUGUUAUAAAUUGGGCGUGUUUCUGCUAAGUAACACCAAAAACACGUUUUUUUUAAACGGUUAAAUUCCUUCGGAAUGCAUUUCUAGUAAAAAAGUGCAACUAAUAAAAACAUGGUAACGCGAGCAUUGGCAAGUGGCCGGAGCUUAUAAUGACGAUCACUAACGGAAGUUGAAGUUGACCUUACUUCCUGCGGGCUGCGCAUGCCAUGAAAGAAGUAAACAACACACCUCGAAAGUAUGAACAAAUUAUGGUAAAGCCUGAAGCAUGUCAUCCUGUCGGUUUAAUUUUGUUCUUCGCCCUGAAUUUUCCACGGACAAGCGAUCAAACCAACGAAGAGGUCAGUCUGGUUCACCGACGAGUCGUGACUAACACGGCAUUGCAUUCUGAACACCAACCCUAUAAUGAAUGCAUGUUAAAACACGUGUUUUUAGAACGCAUUCCUAACCGUGUUUUUGUUUUUUUGGCCCGUUUCUGCUGGGAAGAAAACACGUUUUUUAAUAACCAUUUAAAAACAUGUUUUUUUGCUCAGCAGAAACGGGCCCAAAGAAUAUAGAAUCGCAUAAGGUCGGACUCUCCUGAUUUUGUAUACACGUAUUGAAACGUUAAAAAAGUACUACCACGAGAUGGGGGCGCCCUAUUUCUGAAUGCCUUUUACGUAUUUUUACUCUUGGUACUCUUUGGUAAUAUACACUCUUGGUUAAGCAUGGAGACAUUAAAAAGAAGUUAUAUCUCUAACAAACCUUAAUGUAGUGUUGUUUGAAGGUUUAAAAAAAAUCCGUAACAUAACCGAAAAAAAAUAAUCAAGCUUAGAUCGGCUCUUAUUUGAAAGAGGUGCUUAUUCGGUCAUUUGCAGUAAAUGUACAGAUUUUUUUUGUGAAAAUUUGGUGUAAAGUUUAGGGUAAUGUUCUGCAUUUCAAAUUUCCAAUUGGCAGAAGACUUACUAAUAGACUGACAAACUUAUUGUUGCAAUAUUUCAAUUUUUUUUUUUUUUUUUUAAAGUAUUCUAGUCUGUUAAAUCAUUUAUUUUUCUGUAUAAUACUGUAGAUAAAAACCUAGAUUUUUAUUCUAUUUAUUUUUCUGAGCUUUUAAGGUGAUUAAUUUGUGCCUUUUAAUGAUUUAGAAUUGUAUCUGAUUUUUUUGGGUUUGAUAGCAUAUUGCAAAUUAAAAUUCCUUGUUACGUUAGACCAAGUAAAAAAAAAGUAGUUUCUCGUCCUAAUAUUCGGAAAAAUGGAGAAUGAGGGCACUUUUUCUCUUUCUUUUUUUACUCCGCGGUGGCAAAUCCAAGAUGGUCGAUGGGAAACAGCUUCUACUUUCUCACUUUUACCAAGUAGACACAUUGAAAGCAAAUAAAAGAAGCACUAGACAUGAUUCAUACCAUAUGUAUCCCAAACCAUGAACGGUCAGAGAGGAAUUUUACUGGUGUGAGUUGACUAUAUUUUCGUACAUUCCAUAAAAUGGGCCUAAAGGAAAUUUUUGAAAAUAAAUAAAUAAAUAAAUUAAAAUUGGUGUAAGGCAGAAAAAAUAGAUGCAUGAGGGGAAGAGAAACUAGUGAUGUUUUUUUUUAUUUGGCCUAAUUUAUGUAUGUGUACAUUUUCCAUUUUAAAUAUUUUUGAAGAGUGUUGGAAUUUUAGAGUUUUGUUUGUUAGAUUCAGAUAGGUUGGUGUUAGCAGCUCAUGUUCAGUAUUAUAAUCUCAUUCAUUGGAUAAUCAUCUAAUUCUCAAAUAUGUUAAGCAUUAAGCAUGCAAUAUUACAUUACAUGUUAAUAUGAAUACUUUAAUUUAGGUGUGGUCCAAUCAUAGUGAAGGUGUUAUUGGUCAUAUGGUGUGUUAUUCUCAUGUCUAUAUAUUUUCCUACAUAUAUAUUUCAGUUUCUGGUUUUUUAUAAAUAAUUUGUACUUUAUUUUCUAGUUGAAGUAUUUUGAGGUCUUACAGUGUAUACUCAUUACUGUAGAUAAUAAAAAUAAUAAUAAUAUAUUAUGAGGUUGACGAAAUAGAAAUUUGACAGUACUUUAACUGUUAGCUGUUUAACACCUUUACAACAUUUAUCAAAUAAUCGCUUACAGACUCCACUAGAAAAAUAUUGUAUGUUUCAAAAAUGUAUUCCUUGAAAUAUUAUUAUGAUAUUGCCAUAGUGAUGAUGAUGUCAUCAAAUGAUGCAAUAAUGAUUGGCAGUUGCUUUGCAUAUGCAGCACAAUUAAGGUUUAAGGUGGAUUGUAUUUGUGGCACGAGGACGGUUGUGAACUAAUAGGUUGAUAUGAUUGGAUACACUGAAGAUGGAGGAUGCAAGUCAGAAACAUCUCGAGAGUAUGAGAGCAUCAAGUUAUUAUUACAGUACUUGACUGCUAACUGCAAUGCACUCGUUGCUCCUUAAUUUCAUUAUUAUUUAUGCAGAUAAAUAAUAACAAAGUAAUAAAGUAGAUGAAUAAUUAUGGUGUAACCAUAGUUAUUUAAAAUGCUUUCCCUUUCCAGACGUGUCAAAAACAUUUUUUUUUUCUACAUCUAAAUCUUUGGGCCUUAAAGGGCUCAGAACAGUUAAAAAUGUUUUUUCUUAGCCCUGAACCCCCACCAGAAAUUUACCCCAGACCCCCUGUCGGAUAGCUUAAUUCCCACCGAAAUAUCAUAGAGCCCACCACUGAUUCCAUUGCUUUCAAUGCUCCAAAACUAAAGCUUUACCUUAGAAGCCAACUCAUCUAAAUGUUCUAAGAGUCAAAAUUGUGGAUGGCACAAAAUUUAUUGGCUUUUCAAUUAAAGUAAAUAUGCGAAUACAUGUGACGCUGCCCCAGACAAUCCUAAUGUCGUUCCAUAAGCAUGCAGGUAUUUAGGAAGCUAAAAAUAUCUGCAAAUUCUCAUUGUUGGCAUCUUACCUACUUUGUAGUCUAGUAUUUUUCAUAACUUUAUGGAAGGUAAGAUAUAUGUUACCUGAAAUAGUUCACAACAUAAAUUUAUUAUGGGCAUCAAGCAGUGUAAGGUUAUGGUGCUAAACAUAUUUUGACUUGUUUGUUUAUCCUGAUGAAUUCAAUUCACAACACAUUAAUUGGUUAAAGCUCGAUCUUCCCAUACUAUCAAGUUCUUUGUGACAAUUAUCUAUGAUUUGCCCAAAUAUGGACAUGAUGAUGUCAUAUCCAGUGGCAUAUUCAAGGAGACUUUCCCCCCCCCCAAUUUUUAAAAUUUUUAACAAAUUGGGGAAAAAAUUGCUUACAAAUUAUAAAGUCUAAGAUCGCCAUUUCAGGCUAUCUGGAGGUGCCAUAUAAUUUUGUACCUCGGCCCCAACCAUAGUGGGAUUGAAAUGGACUGGGCCUUUUUUAGUGCAAAUGUCCCUGCCCCUCCCCCUUCUAUUUUAAAUUCCUUGGUCUGCCACUGAUAUCACACCCAUAUUUGGGCAAAUCAGAGAUAUUUGUAAUUUAAAACUAGGUAGUGUGAACAAGGAUAUUUGUGGGGACAUCAUUAAUGCAGCAGUAACCUAAUCCUAGCUUUGUCAGUAAUAAUUCAUUCAAUAUUUGGAGUGUUCAGGCAACAUGCUAUAUGUCUAGGCUGAUACAGUAUAUGACCUGUCAUUCACCACCUGAAAUUGGCUAGAGAAAGCUGGACAUGACUAGAUUGAAUGAAAUUAAUGACCAGGAGUUGAUACUGUCAUGCAUUGUAUAUCAAUAUGGUGUCUAGAAUGCAAACAUUAUUGCAGCCUGUUAUGGCACGAAUGAGAGAAAAAGGAUGCCGCCUAUGCAUUAUGCUUUGUUACUCUUCAUUUUUUGCAUGGCAUGAUAGAACACACAAUCUAUUUGUAUUUUAUUAAUUACUUCUGUAUCCUUGGGGCCUUGAUAAGCCACAGUGUUGUUCUCCAGGGCCUAACAUAAAAUUCUGACAAAAGAUACUAUCGCCUUUAUGGUUCACAAUCGUUGAUAUGGGAUUUAUUAACUUCUUAUUUCAAACCUCCCUCCUUACCUCAAUUUAGCAUUUUGUCCACAUACAGUAUUUAGAAUUACAGAUUGAGCAUUUUCUCAUGUUUUUGAAUUGUUACUUGUUCAAGAGUACUUUUUAAAAGUAAUAAAAAUUUACUGAAAUAAUAUUGUGUAUGGAA